CUGUAUAUAUAAAAAUUAAUUAAUUAUAUAUAUAUAUAUAUAGAUUUUUCCUCAUAUCUGGGAACUGACAAGAAAUGCGAGAUUAUCAAGGAACCCUAGCUAAUGCAUAUAAAGAACGUUUUCUCAAGCCAUGAAAAGAUCGGUAGGUGUGAGAUAAUCCAGGAUCGACCGUCUGUCACAAACUCCACAAAAAGAAUCUCGAUUGAUGUUGUAACUCCAAUAUAUUUGGUUGACGUUAUAGUAACGUCUAUUCUUAUGUUGAGCAAAUAUUAUAAAAAAACGAUAAUGUAAUAUAGGUCUUCAGUUUUACGAAACGAUUCUCACUAUGAUUUUUAGUUUCUAACUUGCUUUUGGUCGUGGAAGAGAGUUGUAUAUAUAUGAUCCGAAAUUAAUUCUCCUCAAUAAUUCGAGUUAUUGGAACUGAUUGAUUCAUGACAUAUAUCGGAGCUAGCUUUGGCCAAGUGAUCCUACAUGACCUCAAUGUUAACAUGAAACUAAAGCACAUGAUUGGGUGAUAUUGUGCAAAUUUCAAACCUAUGAGUCAGCUAUCAUUUGAGAGAGCGUGUAAACAAAUUUUUUUUUUUACGAUUCAUAAUUAACCUUCUCACAACAAUUUAAAUUAUUGAGACCAGUUGGUUCACGAGAGAAAAGUUGACACCCAAUACAACUCCUAACUUUUAUUGCCUAUAUAUAACUUCACACAUCCUAACCCUCCUUUUUAAGUUCUCACAUCAUUAGCAUCCCAAACUCCGGUAGUUACAGAAUACAAUUUCUUUCUCUCACAUGGCCAUGUCGUCGGCCGACAACGACACGUCAUCAACGGCCGCAUGCAAAUCUUCAUCGCUUCUUGAAAACGUCUUAUCGGAUUCCAAGCUCUCGCCGGUGCACCGCCUCCGAAAGGCCACCGCAAUCGAGCUGAAAGCCCUCCUCCGCCUGGCCGGCCCCACCAUCGUCGUCUACAUGCUAAACUACGUCGUUUCCAUGUCCACCCAAGUCUUCUGCGGCCACCUCGGCAACCUCCAGCUCGCCGCCGCCUCCCUCGGCAACGGCGGCAUCCAAGUCUUCGCAUACGGCCUCAUGCUAGGAAUGGGCAGCGCGGUGGAGACGUUAUGCGGUCAGGCCUACGGCGCCAAAAAGCCCGAACUUCUCGGCCUAUACACCCAACGCUCCGUCGUCCUCCUCGCGGCCACCGGAAUCCCGCUGACGAUCCUCUACGUGUUCUCCAAGCCGGUCCUGGUCCUGCUCGGCCAGUCGCCGGACAUCGCCUCCGCCGCCGCUCUCUUCGUCUACGGCCUCAUCCCGCAGAUCUUCGCCUACGCCGCCAACUUCCCCAUCCAGAAGUUCCUCCAGGCGCAGAGCAUCGUGGCGCCGAGCGCGUACAUCUCACUCGCCGCGCUGGGCCUGCACCUCCUCUUCAGCUGGCUCGCCAUCUACAAACUGGGCUGGGGCCUGCUGGGCGGCUCCUUAGUGCUGAGCUUCUCGUGGUGGGCCGUCGUCUCGGCCCAGUUCGUCUACAUAGUGGCGAGCCCGCGGUGCAAGGAGACGUGGACCGGGUUCAGCUCCCAGGCGUUUUGCAAGCUGGGCCAGUUCGCGAAAAUCUCGGCGGCUUCCGCGGUGAUGCUCUGUUUGGAGUCUUGGUAUUACCAGAUCUUGGUUCUGGUUGCCGGGCUGCUCCAAAAUGCCGAAAUUGCCCUAGCUUCCCUCGCCAUAUGCACGACAAUAUCAGGAUGGGUGUACAUGAUAUCAGUGGGCUUCAACGCGGCUGCAAGCGUGAGGGUGAGCAAUGAGCUAGGAGCAGGAAAUCCGAGGUCAGCAUCCUUUGCCGUGUGGACGGUGACAGUGAUGUCAUUCGUCAUAGCCCUGGUGCUGGGCGUUGUAGUCUUGUUGUUGCGUGACGUCAUCAGCUACGCCUUCACCGGCGGCGUCACGGUGGCGGCCGCCGUCUCGGAGCUCAGCCCUUUUCUCGCGGUUUCCAUCUUGCUUAAUGGAAUUCAGCCGGUUUUAUCCGGAGUGGCGGUUGGUUGUGGAUGGCAAGCGUUUGUCGCCUAUGUAAACGUUGGAUGUUAUUACAUAGUGGGUCUUCCGUUGGGCUGCGUUUUGGGUUUCAAGUUCGAUCAAGGAGUUAAGGGGAUAUGGACCGGGAUGAUUGGAGGAACUUUCCUGCAAACAGUGAUCUUGUUGUGGAUUACGUACCGAACCGAUUGGGAUAUAGAGGUGAAAAAGACAAAAACCCGUCUGGAAAAAUGGGAGCAUGGGACACCGAUGAUCCAAGAGAACGAAUCAUGAUUUGGUGAUAUGAAUUGAUAAUAGAAAGUACAAUCCAAUUAACUAAUACUUGAAAUUUGGAUAGGGUGUUGAGUGUUGACUAGAUCAUUGUGAAAUGACUACUUGGAUUGUGCUACAAUAUAAUUUGUUAUAGUGAUACGUAAUGGAAGUUCAAAACAAAAUAUUGUGACGAGAAAACAAGUCAUAUUCAUCCCAUUUUUUCACUUUACUUAACUUAUAUACAAUUGAGUGUGUAAUCAUUAAGGAAAAUGAAUCUUAUAUAGCUAGCUUAUUAAGGAAUGUGAUUCUUGUCAACUAUGGAAAAAAUAUGUUGAUGGGACUUAUAUAUGAAAGUGACAAUUGUUAUUACGGUUCAUACACCCUCAAAAUAGUGUUUGAAUGCAAGUGUUUGGUGUAUGAGGAUUCUAGUUUGCAUUACGUUGACUCAUGCGGAGAUUUUUUGAGAGCUUCACCACUAUGACUAUAUGGAGAACGCUUUAUGGAAGAAGUGCUCCACAACUAUACAGUUACAGGGGGGAAAAAUAGAUAGAUGAGAUCCGUGGUUUCUUCUUUGUUGGGUUAUUUGUCCCUCUCUAGAAAGUUCUUCAAGUUUAUGUGUGAAGAGCUAUCCAAGCUCUCUCCCCUCUUCCUGAAAAUUAGCUCAACGUAGCAUCUAAACGAGUUGAUUAUUUCUCUUAGUAAUAGUUUUCGUUAUUGCUAGACAUGUCAUAGUAAGUAUCCACCAUGUACCAAUUAGAUAGUCCAAUAAUAUUAAUGAAGAUUGAGAGAUUAUUAUAUACUCUCGAAAGUAACCAUUAUAAAAGUAGUAGUUGCAUAUGGUUACCACUUCAAUAAAAUGAGGUUUUUGCG